GACCCGCCGCCCCCCCAGCCCGGCCGCCGCCACCAUGAGCAGCAGCGCCCAGUGGGACAGCAAACAGGACAAGAAGCUCCUGAAGCCCUUGAUGGAGAAGCGGCGCCGGGACCGUAUGAACCGGAGCCUGGAGCGACUCCGGCUCCUCCUCUUAGAAGCCACCCAGGACGAGAGACUUAAAAACCCCAAAGUUGAAAAGGCCGAAAUUUUACAAAAAACAGUUCACUUUGUGAGGACCCAGCCUCCUGCAGAGCCGGCGAGGCAAGAGGAGACCUUUCUGCAGAGGUACCACAGCGGCUAUCGGGAAUGCCUGAGCCAGGCCACGCGCUUCCUCCACUCCAGCCCAGGCAUCUGCGCGGGCAAGAAGGCCUACCUGAUGGAGCGCAUCUGCCACUGCAUGGAAAAAAUCACCACCCGGGACCUGCCGACGGGCAGCCCCUUCUCCAGCCCGGCCCACGGCAGGUAUGCCCGCAACACCUUGCCCAGCUGCAGCCCGCCGCUCGGGGAUGCCGCCUGCAUCCUGCACCCUGCUCCAGCCUUGCCCGCCGGCCACAGACUGCAGACCCUCGCGGCCGGCCAGCCCCAGCUGGAGAACUGCAAUAAAGGCAUGCGGGACAAGCUGAACGGCUCACAGAACUCAGCUGGCCAGCCCCAGGGGCUCAAUGUCUGGAGACCAUGGCCAUAGGGGCCGGGGACCCCCUUGUAAAUCCAUAGAGUGUAUAUUAGAUUCUCUAUAUAUUGUAUAUUAGGACGUUUAUGGGGGGGGGAUCUUUGGGGAGGGGGUUUGGGGAGGGGUGUUUUUGGUGGGGAGGGGGUGUGCGUGGUUAUUGCAACUUCAUAAUAUUGCCCUUGAAGACCCAGCUAGGAUGGGUUUUCCUUUCAAAAAGAAAAAUCACUUGCUCCCAGCAAGGGGAGAAACACCGGGGGGAUCCCAAAGCAGCCGGCGAAUCAAAAUGCUGAUUUUCUUCCCUCCACCCACCCACCGCCCUGUGAUUUUUUAAAGAUGCUGUUAUGGGUCGGUGAAAAACAGGGCCGGGGGGGGGGGGGUCACGUCCUUUUUUUGUCCACCUCAGAACAAACCCUUAGAGUCCAGCGGCUUAGCCAGCUAACCCUAGAC